ACGUUUCCGUAGCAACUGGGGGCGAUCCGUUAACCGCAGCGGCCGCUGUACUACGGGGGCUAAUAGAGGAGUAGGGGGGUUGUCGUCGGUGACCGGACACCUCAUCUGUUUUGCGGGGCAUAGAGACACGGGGGCGACGCAGUUAUCGAGGCGGCGAGCCCGCAGUUCCGCGCGAAAAUGCUAAAUAUGUGGAAAGUUCGAGAGCUGGUGGACAAAGCCACUAAUGUGGUGAUGAACUACUCAGAGAUCGAGUCCAAGGUGAGAGAGGCCACCAAUGACGACCCCUGGGGACCCUCCGGUCAACUAAUGGGAGAAAUAGCCAAAUCUACUUUUAUGUAUGAGCAGUUCCCGGAGGUGAUGAACAUGCUGUGGACCAGGAUGCUUAAGGACAACAAGAAAAACUGGAGAAGAGUCUACAAGGCUUUACUGCUGCUGGCCUACCUGAUCAGGAAUGGGUCUGAAAGAGUCGUCACCAGUGCCAGAGAACACAUCUACGACCUGCGAUCUCUAGAAAACUACCCCUUCAUUGAUGAGAAUGGUAAGGAUCAGGGCAUCAAUGUGCGUCAGAAGGUGAAGGAGAUGGUGGAGUUCAUCCAGGACGAUGACAGACUGAGAGAGGAGAGGAAGAAAGCCAAGAAGAACAAAGAUAAAUACAUUGGAGUCUCCUCUGACAGUAUGGAAGGAGGAGGAGGCGGCGGCGGCAGCGUUAAGACCCCAAAUGAGUUGGAUCGAAGUAAGUGGGAUGAGGACUGGGAUAAGAGCAGAGGAGCAUUCCCCUUCAGUGAGAAGCUCGGAGAGAUCAGUGACAAGAUAGGCAGCACCAUCGACGACACACUCAACAAGUUCAGGAAGAAGGAACGAGAUGACUCGCCCGACAGAAUCAGUGACAAUGAGGAGGACAGAGCAUCGAGAAACGGCAGGCAGGAAAUCCUUGAGUUCAAAGAUGAGGAGGAAACUGUCACGACAAAGAGCAUUCAAAUCACACAAGCAACAGAAACCACCACCACCACCACGCGGAAACGCAGCGGAGCAACGAGCAGCAAGGCGUUGGACCUGGGGGCUGCAGCCCACUACACUGGAGACAAGAGCCCAGAGGAGAAGACAUCAGCCAGACAGUCUUCCAGUAGCGGUCUAGCUGACCUGCUCGUGAUUGACCCUUUAUCCAAUCAGAGCACUGCAACAGGUGGCAGUUCAGACCUCAUUGGUGGCUUUGCUGACUUCUCCUCUCCUGCAGCCUCUGCCAGCCUCCCAACUUCCACUGCUGCUGGACGAUCCAAUGGAAAUGGAGAAUUUGGGGAUUGGAAUGCUUUCUCGACCAAUACACCAGUUUCGUCGAGCUCUGGUCCCUCCCAGCCCGUCACUGACCUGUUUGGCAGCGUCCAGUCAACCACAGUCCCAGCCUCUAACACUGCCCCACCUUCUACCGAGCUCUUUGACCUGAUGGGUGGAGUAAACCAUCCACUAACCAAUCCACAUGCAACACUGAGUGCCUCUCAGAGCAUGACUUUCUCUCUGGGAGGUGCAACGCCAGGAGCCUCUGUUGCAAUGCCAACCAUGCCCCUUUCUCGCUCUCAACAGAGCUUGGGAGGCAUGACAUUUCAGCAGCCCAUAGGACAACAGCAGAAGGUUGGUGUUGGAGGUCCAGGAUCAUUAGGGUCAACCUGGUCUGACCCCUCCGUCAACAUCAGUCUGGACUUCCUAUCAGCAGCCCUCAACCCCACUAAGACGCUGCCCACACUCAACAAUAUCAUCCAGCAACAAGGAGUACCUCCGGUUAACCUGUUGGCCCAGAGCUUCGGCGGACUGAACCUCAGCUCCCCGCCCCACGUUACACCCAGCAGACCACAGGCCACUCCCUUGAUGGCAAGCAAUGCAAUGACGAUGGGCAUGCCUGCUUCAAUGGCAACUGGCAUGCCUGUUUCCUUGGCAUCGAGUAUGCCCCCUUCAAUGACCACGGGGAUGGGGGGAAUUCCUGUAAACCAAGGCAUGAUGGGAAUGAACAUAAGCAUGAAUAUGGGCAUGGCCACUCCGGUGAUGAUGGGUGGUAUGGCUGGCAUGGGAGUGCCAGGAGUGGGGUUGGGCCUAGGGCACUCCAUCACCCCAGCCGUGGUUCCACCCAAACAGGAUGCCUUCGCUAACUUUGGCAGCUUUGGGAAAUGAAGGAGUGCAAAUGUGUGAAUGUGAGUGUGCAUGUCUGACAUUUUGAGAGUGUGAACCAGAGGACUGCUGUACUUGAAGACAACCUUGCAUGUUUCUUUCUGCUGUCUUUGGUGACCUGGCACCAGUGAUCCCAGUCUGUUGACAUGAUCUCGGAGGUAGGGGGAGUGCCCACUGCUGCCCUUCAACCAUUUUCAACUUUAAGUCACACAGAGGACACCUGAAGAGCAGGGAAGCUGUCAACCCACACCCGCGAGUCAUUACUUUCCUGUGAAGAAAAACUCCUCAUCUUUAGCUGCUUUUAUAUAUGAACUAAAGUAUGUCCGCCUUCACAAAAAAAUCACUGCAAAAAGUUUUUUGUUUUUUUUCUGUAAAUGUACAGAGAAUCCAAUCAGUAGGAUUAACUCCAAUAAAAAUGUCAUUGCUGUCUUAAUUUUGCAUUUUGGCUUGAGGUAUUAUGUUUUAUAUAAUUUCAACCAAACUUAAUUGUAAAAUGUAAGCUAUUGCAUUAUUGCCAGAGGGGACUCUUUUACUUUCUGCCACUCCUUUUGCGACCAGUAUAACAGUUACAACAUGUUGCUGGUGCAUACUGAAUCCAUAUCUGGUCUUCCAGCAGAGGGCAGAAUGAGUCUACGCCUUGGGAUAGCACUGUCUGGUCGUAUUUCUUCUUGAGACAUAUUAGGGUGGAUGAAUUGCAUAUUACAUCCUCUUCCUCCCAUCCUCAUUUUAUCAGGACUGAAGCAGUUCACAGUAACUCAAUGCAAAGUAGGACACCUCCAGUUUUAUUGAUGUUUAAAAGACAACAUGAGUGAAACCUUGAACUGCCUAGGACAAAUGUUGGGCUCUUUAUAUUACAAUAAUCAGUUCGUUAACAAUGACAAUUUUCCUCUACUUUCUAUUUUGAAUGCCUCUGUUAGAUUAUUACCUGAAAAAAGGAUGAAUCAGUAUUUUAUUUUGAAUACUAAUCAUUUGGUAUUAUCAAUCUAAGCAUUGUUUUUUUACUCACAGAUCUCUUCUGUCUAUUGUACCUUUUCAUACUGACACUGUUUAUGGAUAGAGGAUAAGUACGUUUGUUUUUUGUUUUUUUUAAGUAUUUGCCAACUGGCUCGGGGAAAAGAGGGUCAACGAUGGUCACGAUCUACAAGACUGAACAUUACAAUCCUCUACACUUCUUCCAAGGCAGUGGCUCACCUCGGAAUGAUUGGGUCAACCCAGAAAUGUACAUUUAAUUACAAAUCAUUUUUGCCAGCAAACAUUUUUCAGCCUGCAGCUCUCUUGGUGCACCUCACACAUUGUGUACUAGAACAUAUUCACAUGGAUUAGACACAUUGGAGGACUUUUUUUGUUUUUUUGUUAGAUGAGUUUUAAUAAAUGAUAUCUAAGGCUAGUUGAGACCAA